CGCUCCGUGCGCCGCCUGCGCGAGGUGUUCGAGGUGUGCGGCCGCGACCCCGACGGCUUCCUGCGCGUGGAGCGCGUCGCGGCCCUCGGACUGCGCUUCGGCCAGGGCGAGGAGGUGGAAAAACUUGUGAAAUACUUGGACCCCAACGACCUGGGGAGAAUCAACUUCAAGGACUUUUGCAGAGGGGUCUUCGCCAUGAAAGGGUGCGAGGAGCUGUUGAAGGACGUGCUGUCCGCAGAGAGCACAGGGACGCUGUCCUGCACGCCAGAGAUCCCUGACUUCGUGGAGCAGGGCAGUGAGGUGCCCACCUAUGCUGAUGGCGAGCUCGUCCCUGUCUUCUUCCCCGAGGAUGAGGAGGAGGCCAUGAUGCUGGCCCUGCCCGAGGGCCCCCCAGAGUCAGACAUGGACAGCCCCAUGGAGAGCACCCAGAGCCUGGAGGGGUCGGUCGGGAGUCCCGCCGAGGAGAAGGAUGGGGGACUCGGGGGCCUCUUUCUGCCGGAAGACAAGGCCCUGGUCCUCACGCCGUCCGUGACGACGUCAGACCUGUCCACACACUCCACCACCUCGCUCAUCAGCAACGAGGAGCAGUUCGAGGACUACGGGGAGGGGGACGACGUGGACUGUGCGCCCAGCAGCCCCUGCCCCGAUGAUGAGACCAGGACCAACGUCUACUCGGACCUGGGUUCUUCAGUGUCUUCCAGUGCGGGGCAGACUCCGAGGAAGGUGCGACACAUGUACAACAGUGAGCUGCUGGAUGUUUACUGCUCUCAGUGCUGCAAGAAAAUCAACCUGCUGAAUGACUUGGAAGCCCGACUCAAAAACCUGAAAGCCAACAGCCCCAACCGAAAGAUCUCCAGCACAGCCUUUGGACGGCAGCUCAUGCACAGCAGCAACUUCAGCAGCAGUAAUGGCAGCACCGAGGACCUGUUCCGGGACAGCAUCGACUCCUGUGACAAUGACAUCACAGAAAAGGUCAGCUUCCUGGAAAAAAAGGUGACAGAGCUGGAAAAUGACAGCCUCACCAAUGGGGACCUGAAGAGCAAGCUAAAGCAGGAGAACACUCAGCUGGUGCACAGGGUGCACGAGCUGGAGGAGAUGGUGAAGGAUCAGGAGACCACUGCGGAGCAGGCCCUGGAGGAAGAGGCCCGCCGGCACCGCGAGGCCUACAGCAAGCUGGAGAGGGAGAAGAACACUGAGCUCGAGCUGCUCAACACCAGGGUGCAGCAACUAGAGGAAGAAAAUACUGACCUUCAAACUUCAGUGACCCGUCUUAAGUCGCAGGCGGAGAAACUGGAUGAGGAGCGGCAGCGCAUGUCCGACCGGCUGGAGGACACCAGCCUGCGGCUCAAGGAUGAGAUGGACCUGUACAAGCGCAUGAUGGACAAGCUGCGGCAGAACCGUCUCGAAUUCCAGAAGGAGCGGGAAGCCACGCAGGAGCUCAUCGAGGACUUGCGGAAGGAGCUGGAGCACCUGCAGAUGUACAAGCUGGACUGCGAGCGGCCUGGCCGGGGCCGAAGCUCAUCCUCUGGCCUGGGCGAGUUUAACGCCAGGGCCCGAGAGGUGGAGCUGGAGCAUGAGAUCAAGCGGCUCAAACAGGAGAAUCAUAAGCUGCGGGAUCAGAAUGAUGACUUGAAUGGACAGAUCUUGAGCCUCAGCCUCUAUGAAGCAAAGAACCUCUUUGCCACCCAGACCAAAGCCCAGUCGCUGGCUGCCGAAAUAGACACAGCCUCUCGCGAUGAGCUCAUGGAAGCCCUGAAAGAGCAAGAGGAGAUCAACUUCCGGCUGAGGCAGUACAUGGACAAGAUCAUCCUCGCCAUCCUGGACCACAACCCCUCCAUCCUGGAGAUCAAACACUGAGACCCCAGGCUGGCUGCAGAGAGGCCUCAGGACCAGGACCGAGGAGCACUCCCUGCCUGAGGAGGGCCCUGGUCGGGCCUCCCUGCACACUCUCUGUGCCUGGCCACCACGUAGCGUGUACCGGUGUGUAUGUGGGGGGCGUGCACACAGCAAGGGGUGGGCGCGGGCCGAGACUGUGGGUGUGUGUGUGCAGCUGGCUGUUCGUGUGCUUUGUGGUCCCUUUGCAGAGGGUCCAGAGGUGGGAGGGGGCGAGCCCUGCUAUCAGGAAUUACUGUAAUAACAAGAGCUGGAAGCUUCUGUUUCAGAUACUGGAUAAAAUGAUUCUACCUCUGGGGAUAAGGAUUAACAAUACUCUGAGUAGUGGCUUUUACCACUCCUGUGCCCUCUGGGAAUGGGAGCAGAAUCAGGACCAGGAGUCCCGGGGCCCAGCAGCCAUGUCCUCACCAGCCUCUUGGACCACUUUCAAGCCCAGGUGCUCCAACUCAGAGGAGGAAGGGGCUUCUGCGCCCCCUCGCUGGUGCCCUCUGAGAGGCUCAUGUGCAGGGCGUUGCAAGGAGCAGACUCAAGGGAGCCGGCCUGGGGGUGACCUACAUGCUGAGAGUUCUUGGCAUUUUUGGCAUUCUCCAUACACUUGCCCAUCUCUGCUGACUUACCUCUCCUUUCUGUUAUGUUUUUAAGAUGAUUUAAAAAAAAAAAGCAGCAGUUACUUGGACAUAUAAAAUGCAGGGACUAAAGGGAAGGAGAAAGGGGCUAAGAACAGGGAGUCUCAGGCACACGUUGGCAUCUCCCAACCAAAGACAUGACUUUCCAGGUGGCGCCCACUCACCUAAGCCCGCGCCCCUUGGUUGCCUUUUGAGAGGAAGCAGCCAGGGACUGUCUGGGUGGCUUCCUCAGGCUUGAGUGGGCCUCAAGCGCAGUUUUCUGCAGGGCCUGGGGCUCCGGCUCUCAGAAUAGAGCUCUGGCUCGCUCAGGAGGGCAGCGAGGCCUGUUCCAGCUUUUAGAAACAGCCCCGCCAGGGAGCACUGCAAAGGCCUUGCUGCUGGGGCCGCUUGGGGAAACUGCUGGGAACCCUCGCCUGCCCUUGUGGCUCCUUGUGGCGUGGUGGGGGCCAGGCUCGGGGUUCUCAGUGGUGCGGCGGGGGCCAGGCUCGGGGUUCUCAGUGGGCUCUCUCAUGCGAGGUGUCCGGUACUGGUGUGGCACUUUCCUGGAGUUUUCCAGUUUAUCUCAAAUUUUGUAUGACUUGUGAUCAUUUCCUUAGUCCAUUAAUUUUAUAUGAUCCAUAUGUAUGGAUUAUGUAGAGAUAGAUAUAAACAUGAGAGUCUUGCUUCCUCCCUAUAGUUCCCCGAUAGAAAUGUGUGGCGAGGAGAGUUGGGGCAUGUUGGGAAGGGGCACUGCGGCCGAGGGGUGUCCACGGAGAAGAGAGGGCACAGAGGGGUGAGGUGCCUGGGGACUUCAGGUGCUCCUGCUCGAGGGGCCGGGCUGUGGGGCUGGUCUCAUUCUACCGGUCAGCUUUUUGCCUUGGUUGGAUUUUGCAAGUUCUUUUUUAGGUGUGUAUACGGCAUUUGUCUCAUGCUGCAAAUAAUGGGGUUGCGUUGGUCUGACCUGUGAGUGCAGCUACCGCACCGGGAAGACUGGGCCAGGAGUCAGUCUUUGGGACUCUGGAGUCCCUUGAGGGUCUGAGCAGAAGCGACAGUGGGAGUAAGGUAUGGAGAGUGUUUCUCGCGGCGAAUUUGCUACCAGGAAGGAAUGGCCACAAGUGAAAGGAGAGGAAAGAAAGAUUCUGACUUGGCUUUUCUGUGGGUUGUACACCGGUAGGGGUCCUGCAGACAGAGGCCAGCCAGCUCAUCCCAGGGUGAGCACUUCACAUGCACUUUAUAUAAAAUGCUACCUUUAGCUCCAGGGGUAUGGAUUUUAGAGAAGCCCGAAGAUCGGGAGUCACAGACUCGCAAGGGAAUCUCUGCCAUAGGGGAACGAGGGCGCGGUGGGAAAAGCCGUAUGCUUACCGCCUCCCUCCUCUAGGGGGCGCCCGGGAACGGAUUCCUGGAUACGCAGGGAGUCUGAGACGCCCCUCUCCUCUGGCCCUGGUAAUAGGUCUUUGUAAUGAGGCUCAAUUCCCCGUGAUACACUCCUCAAGUCCGACCUUUCUUCAGCCAGAGUACAUCUCUGACUUUUUAAGAUCCUGUGUCUUUUUAAAAUGCUCUCGUGUGCUUGAAACCUGGGGGCAGGGAGUGCUGCGGAUGGUCCGGGGUGCAGCCAUGCAGCGCCUGGGCAGGUUCCAGAGCUGUGCCUACUCUGCGUACAGGUGAGCAGCCUGUGUCUGUCUGUCUCCUUCCCUUUUGGUUGGGCUUUCUCUCUCAGUGGGGCUUCUAGGCUUGCAGGAUGCCCUGUUAAAUUUGAAUUUCAGGUAACAAAUUUUUGUGUGAAUGUGUUCUGUGCAGUACUUGGGAUCUAUCUUCAAGUGGGGAGAUUUUUUAAAACCCUACCGGGCUGACCCCAGAGGUCCUGAUGCCUUGGUUUGGGACGGGAUGUGGCCCCAGGCUGGGAUGGUGCAAGACCUCCCCAGGUGGUUGCAGUUUAACUGAGUGGUCUGUGGGAGGUUUAUUCUGGCCUUUUUUUUUUUUUUUUUUUUUUUGGCUAAACCUAGCAACUCUACCAAGUAGGGAUUAGCAGAAACUGGUUUAGGGAGCUUUUCCAGGGGCGGGCGUGGGGAGGCAGCAGACUCACAUUUUUCACGGGCCACCCUUGCGUAAUGUCAGAGCCAGGCAAACCUUGUUGGACUUUAUUUAUUCACAUAUAUAGCAGAAAAUGAAGCACCUACUGGACCACACAGGCCCUACUCUGUGGAAAGUUAAAAGAAAAAGCUCUAGGAAAAAAAAUUAUUUCAAUUUUGAAUUGGUCAGAGUCAGCCCUAAUUAUUUUAUUUUAAAUUUGUAGAUGGAGAAUUUUCAGAGGAAAAUUCCUUUAUCGUGACCUCAUUUCUGAUCUGUUGAAAACACAAAGCUCAAGGACCUCCCAAAACACAUGGAAGUGCAGCUGACUUGGGCUACACAUUGGAAUCACCUGGAGAGAAUGAGCCAAGGCUGCUGACUUGCCGAACUGCCAGAGGCUCAGGCCUGCCCAGGGCAGGGUGCCCCGAGCAUCUGUGUAAAGAGCUCCCAGGUGGUGCUAAUGCGCAGCCCAGUCCGAGCCUGGUCCCAGAAUGUUGCUGGCAGAGGCAGGGAUGUCCCUGGCUUCUCUUGCUUUGAUGUCAGAUGUUAAGAAGGUAGCAGAUCCCUGCCCUC